AUGAAUCAACCAGGUGCAAAGAUGCAUAAUAAGGAUCUGAUCAAAUCCACUUGGGCCGAUGAGGUUGAAGAUCAUUUGGAGAAAACAACAUUGCCACAAGCAAAGGUUGAUCCACACGGAAAUACCAAAAUUAUUACUGAAUAUCGUUGGAACAAGGAUGACAAAAAAGAAAAGAUAGUUCGUACAAUCAAUGCAAUGAAAGAAGCUGUUGCUUCAUUCCAAAGCAGUUUACCAUGGAGCGAACUACUCGAUAUUGUGGCCGAAGCUGCUCCAAUGGCUCCUGAGCUUUCAAUGGAAAUUACUGAACAACAACAAUUUCUUAAAGCUGGUAAAAUUGAUGAAGUAGCAUUAAAUGAUUUUAAAUGGGAAACCAUGUUUCUCCGGCAAGCCCAAACAGCUGUUAUGCGUGACACUGAAUUGUUACGUAAACAUUGUAUAGCUACACAUCGACCAGAAGAUUAUUUUGCAGAAAUGUUUAAAUCUGAUGAGCAUAUAAAAAAGGUACGACAUGCAUUUUUACAAAGCAAGACUGCUCUAGAACAAACAGAAAAAGUACGUCGUAUCCGGCAAGAAAAGAAAUUAGCUAAAGAGAAACAAGUAGCAGCUAUACAAGCAAAACAUAAACGUGAUCUUAAUGAAAACAUUAAGAAGUUCAGAAAAGGUUUAAGAAAUGAUUUAGACUUUUUGGAAACUGAUAGUGAGAAGAAAAAUAAGAAGAAAGAUGAUGGAGGUGGUGGUGAUGAAAAGAAAAAGUUCUUUCAAGAUCACAACAUAAAAGAAAAGGAAAAGAUACAAAGUAUGGAUUUGGUGGCAAAAAAAGAGGCAUGA